CUCUCUGAACUGCAUCCGCUUCCGACAGAUCACGUGACGUGUGUGUCCUUGGUUUGCUAACUUUGGCAUGUGAGCAGGAGAAUCAUGUCUUUUCCUAAAAAACCUGGUGGUAAAGGGUUGGAUGUUUUACAAACUCUUCCACGAAUCUCAUUAGCAAAUUUAAGGCCCGAGCCAGGAGCGAGGCAUCGGGAGAGAAGACGGGGAAGAGGACAGCACGGCGGAAACAGAAGCGGACGAGGUCACAAAGGAGAGCGGCAGAGGGGGACUCGACCUCGGCUGGGGUUUGAGGGAGGCCAGACCCCGUUUUAUCUCGCUAUACCUAAAUAUGGCUUCAACGAAGGACACAGGUAACAANNUCAAUAUCAGCCUCUGUCUCUGAAACGACUGCAGUACUUGAUCGAUCUGGGCCGAGUUGACCCGACCCAGCCCAUAGACCUGACCCAGCUCGUUAAUGCCAGAGGAGUGACGAUCCAGCCUCUGAAGAGGGACUAUGGAGUCCAGCUCGUUGAUGAGGGUGCUGAUGUUUUUGCAGCAAAGAUCAACAUAGAGGUUCAGAGAGCGUCUGAAGGAGCAAUAGCUGCUGUGGAACGAAACGGCGGCGUCAUCACCACCAGUUUCUAUGAUCCUAUAAGUCUUGAUAUUCUCAUCAAGCCUGUACCGUUCUUCAUGCGUGGCCAGCCCAUCCCAAAGCGGAUGCUCCCCGGGGAGGACAUGGUUCCGUACUACAGGAGCGCUGAAAACCGGGGAUACUUAGCCGAUCCAGCAAAAAUCCAGGAGGCCCGGCUGGCUUUGGCGCAGAAGUACGGCUACGUGUUACCAGACAUUUCAGUGGACGAACUGUACCGCAUGUUGGCCACGAGGAAGGACGUCCGACAGAUCUUCUUUGGCCUCUCUCCAGGCUGGGUCGUCAACCUGACCGAGAGGAAAAUUCUGAAACCAACUGACGAAAAACUGCUGAAAUAUUACAGCUCAUAGAUUCCAAGAAUGACGUGGUCUUUGUGUACAGUAUCAUAUUUUAUAUUGAAGAAUGACACUGUGGUUUAAAUAAAGGUCCAUCCUAAAAAGAC